UUUGAGACAUUUGUUGUCAUUUUUAUGUGGAUUGUAGUGGUUUCCGAGUGUUUUUCAUAGCUACGGUUAAUAAAUGAUGGUUAAACGCGUUAAACGUUAAAAAAAAUAGAAAUUUGUUCUUUUGUUCCUGUAAAGAACAUACUUUGUAGUGGAUUUAUGUUUGUUUUUACAAAAUAACUAUAUGUCUUUUUUGUUAAAGGCCUUUUGUAAAGUAUGUGAAAACAACCCCCUUUGAAAAGGAAUUGCUGUAGUAAUACUUACGAAAUAGUUGGUUUGAAUUUCAAAGCGUCUAUCCAACCAUUUUCUAACGUGAAUUUUUCGGGAAAGCUACAAGCAGUUGGUUGUAAUCAUGAUUUUUAGAAGUCGAUUUAUAUCGAAACUUAGUUAGUUAAUUUUGUUAAAAUGAUACAGUGAGGUUUUUAAUUAAACAGGCAUUGUCGCUUAUGUAUCGUGAGCAAUCAUUCAGCAAAAUGUAAUUUACAUAGUGCCUUUUUAAAUAACUGAAGUGAGGUUAAGUUUAGUGUGCAAUUUCAAGCAGUUAACCAUGACUUCAGAGUUUAAUACUGCUCAAUUUGAAAAACGUCUUUCAUCAUUAAAGGACUCUCAAGAAAGUAUAAAUAGUUGUUGUCACUGGUGUUUGGAAAAUCGACAGUUUCAUAAGAAAAUUGUUUUAUCUUGGUUCAAUGUCCUCAAAAGAGCCAAAGUAGAACAACGAUUAACUCUUUUUUAUUUGGCCAAUGAUGUUAUUCAGUAUUCAAAAAGGAAGAAUUAUGAUUUUGUGGAAAGCUGGGUUACAACAUUGCAAAAGGCAACUACUAUGGUUAGAGAUGAAAAAGUGAAACAUAAAAUAUUAAGAAUCUUUAAAAUAUGGGAACAGAGAGGAGUAUAUGGAGAAGAGUUUAUUUCUGAUUUGUGUGGACUUAUAAGUGCUUCACCAAAGAAAACUGACGAACCAACUGAAUUUCAGUUAUCAUACUUAAUGCAGAAGAUUAAAAAUUGCUCAAAUCUUGAAACUGAAACAGAUUUAAAACUUAAGCAGCUUAAGGAACAUAAUCCAAAGAUACAGAUUGAUGCAGAGUCAUUGGUAACAUCAUUAAAAGACCGAGCUCAUGUUGAUGAUGUUGAAAAAGAGUUGGAUGAUUACACAAAACAUAUAGAAAGUUAUGUUGCUGCUUUAAAGACAGAAAUAAAAGCCAGAUCACAUUUAAUAUCAGUUUUACAACAGGCACAAACUCAGCUUGAAACUGAAAGAAAGGAUGUUAAAGUUGUCGCUAAUGCUUAUAAAACCUUUGGAACUCGUGUCAAAAGCGUAAAAAAAAAAAUAGAUGAAGUUUUACCGACAUUGCCCAGUCCUAUACCUUCGCCAGAUGUAAAUGCUCCUUCACCAAGUCCUGAUUCUGAUAUUGAACUGCCAUCUGCAGAAGCUACCCUACACUUAGAGCCACAAGUUGCACUCACCAACACAACCAUCUAUACUAAUGCAGGAUAUUAUAAUCCCACGCCUCUAACCAAUAACGAAGAUGGCACUAAUAUACAGAAUAAUAAUUUUUCCAGUUUUAUGGGAGCAAGCAAUCCAUUCAAUUUGCAGGAUUUCAACACUGCAUCACUGUUUAAUAAAAGUCAAGACAGCUCGACUACACAAUCGACUAAUUUACCUAAUCAGAAGUCAAUAGGCGACGAUUUUACCACCAAAAGUGUUUACCCGGAUAUGUCUAAUCCUCCUCCAAAACCUGUUGCUCCUCCAAAUACAAAUUAUCAAUAUAACACUUCAACCACGCAAAUUCCUUCCCUUCCGCCUCCUCCUAUGCCACCUUUUAGUAAACAUAACGAGUCGUAUGGUAACUCAUCCGUGUUUGAUGGUACAGCCUACAACAGUACUUCGGCUUACUCGAAUAGUGAUAUGGGGUAUCAACUAUCAACAGCUUCAUCUCACUCCACUCCAACUCCUACUUAUGAGCAAGUGUUGCCUCAUUUUGAAAAGCAGCAGUUUUCUCAAUCAGCAAACACUUAUCAUCAUUCAACUGUAAAUUCCAACUACAAUUCAACGUACGACAUUCAUAAUACAGCAAACUAUAAUCUCCCUGUAACAACCACCUACAAUCAUCAGUCAUUUAUUAAUAGUAACAGUAAAGAUUUCCAAAAUUCAAAAUCACCUUUUGAAAUACAAGAAAAUUCUGUUUUUGUCAAUCCUUCAAAUAUAAGUACAUAUGAUUGUUCCAUUCCACCUACAAAUAUCCCGGUUACUCAUGUUCCGUCGUACUCUCAAAACGAUGAAUAUAAUCCGGAGGAGGAACCAGAAACAUGGGAUUCUGAAUUGAAUUGGGAACAAGUUCCACCCAACGAGUUAGACACGCCUGAAAGUCCUCCUUUGUAUGAAAAGGAAGGUUACAAUGACCCUGUAGAAUAUCACGAUGGACAAUCUGUAAGGCGGGAAGAUGUUGAUCACAGAAUUUUGCCUGUACUGUCUGCCGAAUCAUUUUCUACGAAAGGUAAAUAUAUGAAGUUAGGCCACAGAGGUAAAGACGUUGAUCACCGUAAUCUUAUAAGUUUAACAGGAUCUCCAGGUGAUUCUUCAAAUUCACAAACUUUGGAUACCACUUUGUGGUCAAAACAAGAUCAGGAUUAUCGAAACAAGAUCGCUGAUCCUUUUUCUUCACUAGCUGCUACGGGAGAUCAAGAUUAUCGUACGCCUUUUAAUUUUGAAAAUUUGAAUUUACCUCCACCUCCACCACCACCGGCCAAAAAUAUUUCUACUUCAACUGUAAAUAAUCUUAAUAAAAAAUCACCUAAGAAAUGCCAAGAUAACAUUGAAAGUAUCGAUAUGGAUUUGAGCGAUGAUGAAAACCUUGUCGCAAAUUCUGAAGCGGUGCAGAAAGGAAACGACUCUUCUAAUCAAAGCGUUAAUAGUUUAAAGGACAACAAUUUAGGAGAUGAUUCAUUGCAGCCUCCACCACCUUUUCCAGAUUUAACGGAUGAUAUUGAUGCAAACAAUUUUUUAGACAGUUUAAACGACGAGAUAAAUUGUGGUGAGUUUGAAUCUGAGAAGACUUUAGAGGAAAAUAGUGAAAUAUCAAUGAAUAAUUUAAAUUCUUCUACUCCGUUUGGCGUUGCACCUUUCGAACAAGGUAGGUGGAAUGCCUCAAUGGUAUCUCCUGCCAAUUUCCCUAGUAUGCAGGAAUCGAUGAACCUCUUACCGAUUCCUGCAAAUGGUUGGACCGGACAAGAUUUUUCUGCGGAAAUUUCAACUAAUUUUAGAGGAAGAGGGGGUAGGUUGAAGAAUAAUUUUGGAAAUAGAGGUGCUCGUGGUAAUUGGCUCUCAAACAAUUACAGAUCAAAUGAAAAUAAUCAGUGUGACUUUAAAGGCGGUGGAAACGGUGAUUAUAGGGGUAGAAUAAAAACUUGGGUUCCUAACGGACACAAUUUUCGUGGGGGUAGAGGAACACCACGAAGUAAUAGAGGAUUUAAUAGAGGGGGUCGAGCGAGAGCUAACUUUAAAGGAAAUUUCCGAGGAAACUUUUAGUUCUUCAUGAAUAAGUGUACUAAAUUAAUUUAGUUUAUAUAAGUAGCAUUAGUGUAUUAUAGGAAACGUUUUCUAAAAUGUUGAGAUUUUUGUGUAAAUUUUGUAAAAUAAGAUUCUAGCCAUUA